UCCAAUCGCAGAACACUGCUUCAUUAACGAAGUCACGACUCACGAGUCAGUGAGAAACGAUAUCGUGAAUUGGACGCGUGUGUCAGAAUUUUGAAGUGUUUGAAUUUUGAAGUGUUUGAAUUUGGGAAAUAUGUCGUGUCCAAUGAGAUCAGCGUUAGAAGAUAUAGGGCAGGAUGGCAGCCAUCUGGGAAAUGAAGCUGGGAUGCUGUAUGGAGAAUACCUCAUGCUGGACAAGCUGCUCACUGCCCAGCGGAUGCUCAGUGCUGAGUCCUCGAAACCUGUCCACGAUGAGCACUUGUUUAUCGUGACACAUCAAGCUUACGAGUUGUGGUUCAAGCAAAUAAUCUUCGAGGUGGACUCAGUGAGAUCUAUGCUGAAUGUGGAAGGUCUGGAUGAGGGUCACACCAUGGAAAUCCUCAAGAGAAUGAAUAGAGUAGUCCUGAUAUUAAAGCUAUUAGUAGACCAGGUAAUGAUCUUGGAAACAAUGACACCUCUGGACUUCAUGGAUUUCAGGCAGUACCUGCGUCCAGCUUCGGGUUUCCAAAGUCUACAGUUUAGGCUUCUUGAGAAUAAGUUGGGUCUCAAGCAAGCUCUGCGAGUAAAGUACAAUCAAAAUUACCAAACAGUCUUCGGAGAUGAUCCAGAAGCUAUGGAGGCUUUGAAAAAAUCAGAAGAGGAGCCAGCGCUCUUAGCUUUAAUCGAGCGGUGGCUGGAGCGUACUCCCGGCUUGAACACCCAAGGCUUCAAUUUCUGGGGAAAAUUCCAAGCUGUUGUUGACAAAGUUCUAGCUGAGGAUAUUGAAGAGGCCAUGCGAGAACCCCACGAGGAAGUCCGCCGUCACCGUCUCCAAGAUAUUGAAAAUCGUCGUGAAAUCUAUCGCUCCAUUUUCGAUCCUGCCGUCCAUGAUGCACUACGGUCUAGAGGAGAAAGAAGGUUGUCUCAUAAGGCACUGCAGGGUGCCAUCAUGAUAACCUUUUAUCGCGAUGAGCCCCGCUUUUCGCAGCCCCAUCAGCUCCUAACUCUGCUCAUGGAUAUGGACAGUCUUAUUACCAAGUGGCGAUACAAUCACGUGAUAAUGGUACAGCGUAUGAUCGGCUCUCAGCAGCUCGGUACUGGUGGAUCCUCGGGGUAUCAAUACUUAAGAUCUACCCUCAGUGACCGCUACAAAGUUUUUCUGGACCUCUUUAAUCUCUCGACCUUCCUUCUGCCUCGAUCUCUCAUUCCACCUCUGGAUGAUGGGAUGAAACGGGACUUAAACCUCACAUGGGGAGAACCAGUUAAGGAAAAUGAAAGAAACAGUCAAAAUGGUUUGGAAAAUUCUAAUUUAUAGGUUUUACUAUAUAACAGUCUGUAUUUAAUUCCUAUAAAACAAAACCAUUAAAGGAAUUUAUCAAUUGGGUAUUGAAAAACUUAUCAAGUAAAUUAAGUGUACUGUUUUUGAUACAAUCAAAUCGAAAUCUAAAAAAUGUAUUCUCAAAAACGUGCACUGUCAAUGACGUCAUUUCAGUUGUCGUUGUCAAUCAGAGAAAUGUCAUAAUAUAUUUGUCAAAUUACGCAUAUUGCAUUAUUACUAUAAACUACAAAAAUGACAGUAACUAUGUCGCAGCCAACUACCUUUAUUAGCGGUUCAAUUAACUGCCUAGCCGUUUAACUAGCGGCCUGAAUGAUAUUCAGCCAUUCGAUAAAAGAGCUAGGCAAAUGACUUGGAUGUCGAUGACGUUUCAUUACGUGCCUAGCCUGUUGACUUAAAUUUAGAUAAUUUAAUUUUACUUCCACUUUUUGCCACUGUCAAACUCGAUACGAAACUCUUCUAACUGUCAAUAUGGCGUAGGCAAACUAUAACCUUGAUGGUGUUUUCGAAAGUUUCAUGAAAAACAACAAGUACAAUUGAAGAGUGUAGUGACAAAAAUAAUGUGAAUUUGACUUAAGCAAUUUAAUUUUAAAAUAAAUAUUUUUUAACAUUUUUUAUUUAUGCCAAAUAAAGACGUAUUAUGUAUCGUACGAAGGGCCUAAGCAUUAGCCAUCUAGUUUAUUAAAUGUUGUAUCAAACGCUUCGGCUAUCUAUCAGGCCGUUUAGUCAAAAGGCUAGGCUGUUAAUUUAAGCUAAUUGGCUGCGACAACUAAAGACAACAGAUAACAUCAAGUGUGAUGACGUCAUUACUGUUUGUAACGGAUUAAAAGUUUCAAAACUGAAAACCAUUGUUAUAUAAAUUAAAUGGAUUCUUAUCUGUACAAACGUAAGAAAAUGCCCAAUUAAAAGUUUGUCAAACAUAGAUACAGCUGGUAAAUUAUGGGCCAUUCAAGUAUUACAUAAGCAGAUAUACUGCAAUUUAUCCCGCCUGUAUUUAUUUAUUUUUUUUUCGUCAGCAAAAGUAAGCAAAAAUAAUAGUACAAAAAUCGUAUUAACUUUUUGAAGGAAUCCUCGAAAAUGCAUUUUGUUUUCAAGCAUAGACAAUAUGUGUUAAAAAAUAAAUAAUUACUGGAGACGUAAUCACCAAGUAAUAAAAUCAAAGACGCCAUUAGCCUUACGUAAUACUUGAGCGGCCCCUUAUAAAGAGUUCCUAACGUACGUGUAAAAAGAUAACUGUGUGGUAACUUGCUUUUGUUCUAUAAAUACAUACCAUAUAUAUUAAUUAUUCAUUGUAAUUUCGGGUAAUCCAUUUAUUAUGAACUUUAUUAAAAAAAGUAAGAAUGAA